GAUUCCGAUGAUGACGAUGAUAAUAAUGAUGACGAUGAUGAUAAUCCGGGCCCAGUUACCUGUCUGGAAGUGAGGUGUGUCUACAUGAUUGAGCGAAAGUGGCUGUUCACAGAAAUGAUCAAAUGAAUCCUGAGCGAAAUGUCUAUAAAUAAACGGAAAGCGGGACAACAAGGGUCGGUAUAACAUUAAUCUACAUGACACACCUGUUACGAAUACAUGUCAAACACUAAAUAUUCCGCACGGCGACCCCAGUAUAGCAUGCAAAAACACACCACAAUCAUUCUAUGCAAGUCCAAACAGUACAACAAAGGAACCCUCCCAAGGAAUGGGUUCACCUGCACCUUCAGUCAUCAGCUUCGAAGGUGACCUAAUUACGGACGUCAACAUUCCUACUUUCGAUAUAAAGACUGGCAGACAUUUGCAUUCAUUGAAAAGCACAGAGCUACAUUUGACCUUGUAGGGACUGCUUCCACACACAGUAAAAGGUUCAGGAUAUAAAUAACUCGGUUCUGUCUGAACUAUUGUGCGAAGCAGCAGAGGAUGUCUGAUCUAGAUCCGGGCACAACGAGUGGGGAAGAUCUUGUGGAAGAACCCCAGCCUGCUGGCGCAGAAGGGGGCGUGGCACAACCACCAACUGCUCAACAACAAGGGCAAGAGGGGGGUAGAUGUGACCUGACCCCAGAUGUGUCCCCGUCUCCAAGACAUGAAAGGUUUAGAAGUUCCAACCAGAUUGAAAAUUGGAUACUCGUGAGCAGAGAUGAAGCCCGAGGGUCAAGCUCGGAAGACUCAGGACACGGCGAUGAUUACAAGAGUAACCUUGAUGCAGAUCAAGAUGAUCCAAGUACUUCGUCAGCGAAGAGGCAGAGAACGGGUAUGACAAACAGAGACGGUGCAGGUGAUGAAACAGCAUUGAAGACAAUGACUACAGCCAAACCACAACAGCCACAUCUGGGACCAGCAGGCGCAGUGGGAAAUGUCCUUGGGGUUGUACACGCUAGAGACCAAACCUACACUCAACAGCCACAUGAGGAACCAGCUGAUAUAAGACGUGAAUCUGACCCAACUGGUGCUAAAGUGGCCGAGGAUCUGUUGAUGUCAGGCCCAAACAAAAUCCUACACAGAAACGUCCAAUCCAGGCAGAUGCAACACAGACCCAGAAACAAGAACUAAAGGGUGAAAUGAAUAAGAGACGCGACACACGCAUAGGGGCCUCGUCCUUUCAAAGAUUGACGGUAGCUGAGAGUAGCCCAGAGAAAGAAUAGAGGGAAGUAAACCUGCAGACCUUUCAGAAAUGCAAAAUCGAAACACAGAUCGUGUGCGGACAUCAUCACCUAUGCAGAUGAGCCCAGCCGGGGAACAAGUGGUUGGAAAGAAUAUAGAGGGAAGUAAACCUGCAGACCUUUCAGAAAUGCAAAAUCGAAACACAGAUCGUGUGCGGACAUCAUCACCUAUGCAGAUGAGCCCAGCCGCGGAACAAGUGGUUGGAAAGAAUAUAGAGGGAAGUAAACCUGCAGACCUUUCAGAAAUGCCAAAUAGAAACACAGAUCGUGUGCGGACAUCAUCACCUAUGCAGAUGAGCCCAGCCGGGGAACAAGUGGUAGGAGGGUCAUCUGAGCCACUUGGACAAGAACACGGACCAUCGGCUACAGAGGUCAUUACACCCUCGGGGACUAUGGAACGAAGUACAUGCGUCAAACAGUCUGGAGGUACUACUGAAAGGGUCCAGACACCGCUAGAACCUGGACCUACACCUGCAGACUCGGGAGAGGCAGACAGAGAUACCGAUGUUCCUUGUACGACUUCAGUUGGGUUUCUGCUUGAUCUUACGGAAGGCGGACGUAAUAACACGAUAAAAGAGAACAUAAUGUUUGAAAUGUCAGAUCAUCCUGUCAGCAGACUGCAAACUGCGUAUGGGCUUGGGGCACAGUUGCUGGGAUAUGAACACUGGCAGCUGGAAAAGUUGUGGGAAGCUCAAAUGCCUUGUUGUGACGCCAAGGUGGAGAGAGUUAGAAAUAUCUUGAAAGCACUCAAAGCAGAGGGAAAGACCAUGAACGAUGUACUGCUCUACUUUAUCCACGAAGCUAGUAGACGCUUGGACAUUGUGAAAUUGAUUAUGGAAAUACAUCAGUGUGAAUGCUGCAAGAAAGUUUUCAAGAAUGUGAACAUGUAGAUAUGUCAGCAUGAGGGGUCAUUGUAUUUCAAGACCAAGUGGCAUUAACCUGAAACAAGGUAACGCCUAAAUACCACCAGUUCCAAAUCCAGUCAGAGUACGAGAGGAGCUACCGUUCCCUAAAUGUAUGCAAGGUUCCAAGUGAUAAAGUGUAUACAUACACCAACGUGGAAAACAAGUUAUAAAAUGUGAAUUUAUAUUGUAAUUUGUGCCUCAACUAUUAUUUGUCCAUUUCCAUAGUUUGUCCAUUUCGCUUUCUUUAGUAUUUGUAUGUACCGGUACAUGUCACAGUACCACCUAAUGUAUACUGGGUUGCCAUUUCCAUAAAUUGUCAAAUUCGC